UCAGGCCUCAGUCCUCUGCGUUUCUUCUUUCCUGAUCAGUGACACAGAGAUGGCGAGUACGAGAGUCACAAACUUGCAGAGUGCAAAGCAGCAGCCGCUGGUUCAGCCUCAGGGAGCUGUACAGAUGCGCAUUAAGAGCUCACAGACCUCCGGAGACCGCCUGAGUCAGUCCAAGUCCAUGGUGCUGCAGGAGUCUGACCUCCCACAGAAACCUAUCUCCCGGCAUCGCAGGAACCAAUCUCAGCACAACGUUGCUGUUGCAGGAGCUGCACUGUUUGAACCAGUGGUGGAAUUGAAAGGUGAACACCUGAAUGUGGCUAAAAUCUCAGACAGUGGUAAGAAGCAGAGGAAGAACUGGACUUCAAUGUGGACCGUGCUGACCUUAGACCAGCUGCUGUUUAAUAAAGACAGACAACAAGAAUCUGCUCAGAAACCAGGAAGUAAGACAGAUGUGGUCCAGCUGUGCGGAGCUGUUGUCGAGUGGACAACAGAGAAGUCGAGCAGGAAAAAUGUCUUCCAGAUCACAACAAACACAGGAAGUGAAUACCUCCUGCAGGUUGAGAGUAACUCCACUGCCAGCAAAUGGUAUGACGCCAUCAGAAAAGCUGUCAACUCUUCAACUAAAGCAGAUGGAGGUUUUCCCCUACGGAGGUCAAACAGCACAGAGUACCUGCCCAGACACAGCUCCCUACCUGGCUAUGGCUCAGCCUCCCCCAACCCCAAGCAACGCAACCCGGUUCACAGACGCUCCAUCAACAUGUUUGGUGGCUCAAAGCUGAAACACAGUACCUCGGACAGCGCUGACAAGAACGGAGUAAAGAACAGACUGAAGAAGUUCAUCACCAGACGUCCAUCCAUGAAGACGCUACAGGAGAAAGGCCUCAUCAAAGAUCGAGUGUUUGGCUGCCAUCUGUUGACUCUCUGCGAACGUGAAGGAACCACGGUGCCCAAGUUCGUUCAGACCUGUUUGGAUGCCGUCAAUAAACGAGGUCUGGAGGUCGAUGGAAUCUACAGAGUCAGUGGAAAUCUGGCCACAAUCCAGAAACUUCGCUUUAUGGUCGAUCAAGAGGAGGACCUGGACCUGGACCACAGUCAGUGGGAGGACAUCCAUGUCGUUACAGGAGCGCUAAAGAUGUUUUUCCGUGAGCUGCCAGAGCCGCUGUUCCCCUUCAGGUUCUUCCAGCCGUUUGUGGAGGCCAUCAAGAUAAAAGAAUCCAAACACAAAAUUCAGGCUGUGAAGAAACUCAUCCAGGAGCUGCCCAGACCCAACCAGGACACCAUGAAGCUGCUCUUCAGCCACCUGCACAGAGUUCUGGCCUUUUCCAGGAAGAACCUGAUGUCCACUCAGGGCAUCGGUAUCGUGUUUGGCCCGACACUGAUGUGGCCCGAGCUGGACGCAGGAAACAUGGCAGUCAACAUGGUCUACCAGAACCAGAUUGUGGAGUUCAUCCUGAUCGAGAGCAGAGAGAUCUUCAACCUGGACAGGAAGUAAAAGUUCCUGAGGUGGAGCUGAUCAUCUGACGGACUCACAUUUACACAUCAAAGUUAAAAAAUAACCAAAUUACUUCUGAGAUGUUAUUGUUUUAAAACAGAAGCCAUGCCUGGUUUGGGCUGGACUGUAAAA